AUGCGGUCGAUGUCGCUCUGCAACGCCGACGACGCCGGCGCGCGCGCGUACGCGGCCGCGGCGCUGGCGGCCGUCGCGGACCCGGGGGAGCCCACGGAACCCCUGGCGCCGCACCCCGCGCUGCGGCUCCCCCGCGGCGACUUCGGCGUCGCCGUCGAGCUGCGGGCGCUCCGCGAGGGCGAGGCGAGCGGCACGCGGUUCCGGGGCGAGCCCAACGCCAAGGCCGCGGAGCCGUCGGACCCGAACAACGCCGUCGAGAUGUACUGGCAGCUGGGCCGCAGCGGCGACGACGACGACGCGGUCGACGCGGGCUGGCCGUCCGCGGCGAAGCGGGACGCCGCGGCGACCUUACUCGGCCGCCUCGCGCAGGCGUCCGCGUUCAACCGCCUGCGCACGGUGGAGCAGCUCGGCUACAUCGCGUCGGCGGGUCUCGAUAGCUCGGGCGGCGUCAUCGGCUUUACGUGUUUGCUCCAGUCGGCGACGGGCAAGAGCCCUCCCGAGCUGGAGGACAGGGUGGAGGCGUGGCUCGCGGUCUUCGCCCAGGAGCUCCGGGACCUGAGCGACGCGGACCUGGCGCUGAAGCGCGAGGGUCUGGCGACGGAGAUCCUCCAGCGGCCCGCGAGCCUGCGCGACGUCGUGUCGCGGGACUGGCACGAGAUCUCGUCCGGGCGGCGCAAGUUCAGCCACGUGGCGACGCGCGCGGCGCAGCUCCGCGACGUGUCGCGCGAGGACCUGAUCCGCGUGCUCGAGGCGCACGUGCUCCCCGGCGCGCCGCAGCGGCGCCUCUUCCGGUCCCGCGUCUACUCGCCGGACCUCGCCGCGGACGCGCCGGCCGACGCCGCGCCGGCCGGCGGCGUCGUGCUCCGGAGCCUGGACGAGCUCCGCGCGUUCAAGCGGGGCCGGGACCUGUGGCCGCCGGCCAAGGUCUGGGACGAGGGGGCGGGGCCCGAGGCGCCCGCGCACUAA